UUUAUACCACUAUUUUGCAACUGACGAAAAUGGAACUUCAGAAUAGAUUAAAAACACCCAUAAAAAAAAAAUUUAAAAAAAAAAAAAAAGAAUACUUCGUAUUAUUCAAAAAAGGAAAAAAAAUAUUGGUAGGAGAUAAAAGAAGGCAAAAAACAUAGAAGAAAGAAUGGCAAAAGUUAAAAUAAUAUGUAUGUUGUUGUUCAUGUUUGUUUCAAUCAUCCUUCCCCUACACGUACAGGCUAACAUUGGUGAUUUCGACGACCAUUGGAAAAGUCGAGAGCAACAAGCAAAGAUGAAUGCAGCUAAGGCUUAUGAUCCCAAUCCACAAGAAGCUUGUCACACGCUUAAUAAACAAGUUCAUGAGAAUUUUCAUGAGACAAGCAACAAUAAUAUAAGGAGCGGCUUAGGAAAGUAUGAUGGUCAUUGCCUAGCCGCGAACCCUAUAGACCGGUGUUGGAGAUGUGACAAGCACUGGUCCAUGAACCGUCAAAAGCUAGCUGAUUGUGCUCGAGGGUUCGGUCACAAGACCACCGGGGGCAAAAAUGGAAGAAUCUAUGUUGUGACCGAUGACUCGGACGGUGACCUACUAAACCCUAAGCCAGGAACCCUCCGCCAUGCAGUCAUCCAAGAUGGACCACUUUGGAUCACUUUCAAGCAUGGCAUGGUGAUUAGGCUAAGUGAAGAGCUCCUCGUUUCGAGCAACAAGACGAUAGAUGGCCGUGGAGGGCACGUACACAUAGCCGGCGGGGCUGGGAUAAUGUUACAAUAUGUGGAUAAUGUGAUCAUACAUAGUGUACAUAUACAUGAUAUUAAGAAGGGAAAUGGAGGGCUUAUUAGAGAUUCUAUGAACCAUUUCGGGUUUAGGACUGCUAGUGAUGGUGAUGGUAUAUCUAUAUUUGGAUCUACUAAUAUUUGGAUUGAUCAUGUUUCUAUGUCUAAUUGUAUGGAUGGUUUGAUUGAUGCUAUUGAGGCUUCUACUGCUAUCACCAUCUCCAAUUGCCACUUCACUGACCACAAUGAUGUGAUGUUGUUUGGAGCAAGAGAUGGUAAUACAUUGGAUGAAUUAAUGCAAGUAACAUUAGCUUUUAACCAUUUUGGGAAGCGUUUGAUACAAAGAAUGCCAAGAUGUAGAUAUGGGUUCUUCCAUGUUGUUAACAAUGACUACACUCACUGGGAAAUGUAUGCCAUUGGAGGAAGCCAACACCCUACUAUCAUUAGUCAAGGCAAUCGCUUCAUCGCGCCUCCUAAUCUCUUUGCUAAAGAGGUGACUAAGAGGGAAUAUGCACCAUAUAGUGAGUGGAAGAAUUGGCUAUGGACGUCGGAUGAAGAUAUAAUGUUGAAUGGAGCUUUCUUCAAUCAAUCUGGAGAUAAAUCAAAUAAAUUCUCCUACACUAGGCAAGACGUGAUCAAAGCAAAACCCGGAAGUUAUGUCAAGCGUCUCACACGCUUUGCUGGUGCUCUUAAUUGUAAGGAAGGCAAAGCAUGCUAA